UGCGCAUGCGCCUGGCGCGAAGAUUGAACAGGAUGGAACAAGCUCAGUGUUAAAGAUUGACUGAAAAUGUCAACCGGUGGAACUAAGCGUUCUUUAUAUCGCCCUGCCCCACAGUCAAAUGUCGGCCAAAAUAAAAACAGGCGUCGACUGGCUCAAGGUCGUCUUGUUUCUGGAGCAAGUCAACCACCUCAACCAACAGUGAGACUUCAACAAGGUUUUGAAGCCCCUAAACAAACAGAAAGAAUCCAGACACCACGCAAACAAGCUCCCAGAGAGACUGAGAGCAGGUCACCGCGACCUAGUGCCCCACAAGACAGCCUUGAUCUCUCAGACUCUGAGGUUGACUUCCCUCAACUUCGUAAGGACAAGCAGGUGUUGGUGCUGGAUGCUUCUCGACACACCCUCUCUCCACACAAGGCUGAGGUAGACGUGGUCAUGGGCUUUGAGAAGUCGCCGGUUCGAGUAGUGUGUCACUCAGUACACAGUGCUCAGAGGGAGCUCAGAGAUACAGGUUCCAGCCAGUGGCAGGUGGAGGUAGACCAGGUUCCCCACCUCUCCCUGACAGAUGGAGGGUCCUCCCACCACCAUGCCAUCUCUCCCCGAGUCAUCAGAGAAACACAGAUAGAAGGGGCCCGGAUAGACCCGAUGUCGACAUCCCGUGUUGUGUUUGUGGAGCCUAGUGAGGACAGAGUAGCAGGAAAGGCACGGGUUCCACACUAUCCACAACCCAACUUUGACGACUCCCAGGAGUCUGACAGUUCUGUGAAGGUAGCGGAACCGAUCACUGUGGUGUCUGAGACGCAGUUGUCCGAUAACGAUGCCCCGUCGGUCAUCAGUGAGAGUGAUGCCUGCUCUCUCCUCGAAUAUGUGACCAGCAGUAAGAAAGGAUCUUCCAGUGUCAAAACAUCUGUUAAGAGAACCCCUGGCAAGAAGAAAGGGGGCACUGUCAUCCCAUCACGUUACAUGCAGAGUGCAGCCAAGGUGUCCAAGUCAUUCUCCUCUGAGAGGAGUUUCGCAGUAGGGAAGAAUGUUUCCCACAAGAGCAUCGAAGCCCCUGGCUCUGUCAAGAAACGCAAGCCGAAGUCCGAGUCACGCAACCGCCAAGUGACGACACCUGUAGCUUCUGCUCAUGCAGCAGCCAGCGAAGAAGACCUCGACACCCACACAUAAUGUCACCUCCAUGAUAUCCCAAGACAUAGACGCUUCCGCAAUACAAGCCGAGACCUCUGUGAUAUCACUUGCGGACAUCAGCCACAUAAAGCAAGACAAGAAACACCAGAAACAUGCUGCCCUCAAG